GGGGGCGCGCGCGCGCACCGGGAGCGCGCUCGGAGGCGAGUGGAACUGGAUCGGGUUUGCUGCCAGCGGCGUGAGCUUCGGCCGCCAUUUUACAACAGCUCCACUCGCGCCGGACACAGGGAGCAGCGAGCACGCGUUCCCCGCCAGCCGACCCCGUCGGACAGGAUUCCUCGGCCCCAGCCCCGCGGGGAGAUCUCUGGAAACAUGGCUACAGAACAUGUUAAUGGAAAUGGUACUGAAGAGCCCAUGGAUACUACUUCAGCAGUUAUCCAUUCAGAAAAUUUUCAGACAUUGCUUGAUGCUGGUUUACCACAGAAAGUUGCUGAAAAACUAGAUGAAAUUUACGUUGCAGGACUAGUUGCACAUAGUGAUUUAGAUGAAAGAGCUAUCGAAGCUUUAAAAGAGUUCAAUGAAGACGGCGCAUUGGCAGUGCUUCAACAGUUUAAAGACAGUGAUCUCUCUCAUGUUCAGAACAAAAGUGCCUUUUUAUGUGGAGUCAUGAAGACUUACAGGCAGAGAGAAAAACAAGGGACCAAAGUAGCAGACUCUAGUAAAGGACCAGAUGAGGCAAAGAUUAAGGCACUUUUGGAAAGAACAGGCUACACACUUGAUGUGACUACAGGUCAGAGGAAGUAUGGAGGACCACCUCCAGAUUCCGUUUAUUCAGGUCAGCAGCCUUCUGUUGGCACUGAGAUAUUUGUGGGGAAGAUCCCCAGAGAUCUGUUUGAGGAUGAGCUUGUUCCAUUAUUUGAGAAAGCUGGACCUAUAUGGGAUCUUCGCUUAAUGAUGGAUCCGCUUACUGGUCUCAACAGAGGUUAUGCGUUUGUCACUUUUUGUACAAAAGAAGCAGCACAAGAGGCUGUUAAACUGUAUAAUAAUCAUGAAAUUCGUUCCGGGAAGCACAUUGGUGUCUGCAUCUCAGUUGCCAACAAUAGGCUUUUUGUGGGCUCUAUUCCUAAGAGUAAAACCAAGGAACAGAUUCUUGAAGAAUUUAGCAAAGUGACAGAUAUUAAGGAGGUAAAAGUGCUGUUUGUACGUAACCUUGCCAACACUGUAACAGAAGAAAUUUUAGAAAAGUCGUUUAGUCAAUUUGGGAAACUGGAACGAGUAAAGAAGCUAAAAGAUUAUGCUUUCAUUCAUUUUGAUGAGAGAGAUGGUGCUGUCAAGGCUAUGGAAGAAAUGAAUGGUAAAGACUUGGAGGGAGAGAAUAUUGAAAUUGUUUUUGCUAAGCCACCAGAUCAGAAGAGGAAAGAAAGAAAAGCUCAGAGGCAAGCAGCAAAGAAUCAAAUGUAUGAUGAUUACUACUAUUAUGGUCCACCUCAUAUGCCUCCCCCAACAAGAGGUCGAGGGCGUGGAGGUAGAGGUGGCUAUGGAUAUCCUCCAGAUUAUUAUGGAUACGAAGAUUAUUAUGAUUAUUAUGGUUAUGAUUACCAUAACUAUCGUGGUGGAUAUGAAGAUCCAUACUAUGGUUAUGAAGAUUUUCAAGUUGGAGCUAGAGGAAGGGGUGGUAGAGGAGCAAGGGGUGCUGCUCCGUCCAGAGGUCGUGGGGCUGCUCCUCCCCGUGGUAGAGCCGGUUAUUCACAGAGAGGAGGCCCUGGAUCAGCAAGAGGCGUUCGCGGUGCGAGAGGAGGUGCCCAACAACAAAGAGGCCGCGGGCAGGGAAAAGGGGUCGAGGCCGGUCCUGACCUGUUACAAUGAAGACUGACUUGCUAUGUGGGAUUACACCAGAAGCUUGCAGUGGAGUAAUGGUAAGGAAAAUCAAGCAACCUUAAAUAUCUCGGCUGUAUAGGAGCAUAUUCUAUUGCAGAAGAACUUCCUAUGAAGAUCAUGGAAUCAAAUACGGGACAUUGAACUAAUACUUGGACUUUGAUAUGAAUUUCUUUAACAAUUUUCUCUGCAGUGCAAGUUAUUAAACUAAAGCUACUCUAUUUUCCAAAUGUGUUCCAACAAAAAUCCUUCAUAACUUCUAGCAUGGUAUCUUAAUAAAGAAUAAAGUUGUUCUCUUUAAAAAAUCUGCUCUAAGUAGAUUUUUCCCCUCUUUUUAAAUUAAGGAUCUCAGCAGUGGUAUUCUGAAAUACUCUCUUGAAUUUGUGCAUUUAAAUUUUAUUGCAGUGAUACAGAUGCCACUGUUGGUACCCUUAAAUUUUUAUUUCUGCUCACCAAGGUUAAUCAUGAUUGUCUAUAUCUUUUUUAUAGUAAUCACUUUUGAAUUGUGUUCAGAUGCAGUUUCAGGUGUAAUCAUCAGAGCUGGUUAGUCAGGCAUUCCAGAUAGUGGUUCUUUUCAGAACCUUUUUUAAAGGGUUGGUUAACUACCUCAGUAGCAGAGGAUUGAACUAUACCCUGUCUGUACUGUACAUAGAAAAUCUUUGUAGAUAAAAGCAAGGCUUGUUAAAUAUGAUAUGAGGGUAAGAAUUUAAUAUACCAAAUGUAACAUUCUUAGUUGCCUUUAGUUUCAGAGGCUUGUAAGACUUCCUCAUGACCAUCAUAACAGGCCUUGCUUUUGUCGUAUUUUGUGGCUGAAAAAGCAGCCUUGCUUCUUCAGAUAUUGUAGUUAUUGGAUGUAUAAUAGUUUAGCAAGAUGUUACUUUUGUAAGACAUCAGAUGUUCAAAAAAAAGUGCAUCCGAACUUGUACUAAAUACUGCAGUGUCCCUUUAUAAAAAGUCAGACUAAAACUGACAAUUGUACAGCAAGCCUGACAUUUGGAUAUUUUGAAGUUUUUUCAUAAAUCAUAGAAAUUAGUAUAUGGCUGUAGUUUAGCUUUUUAGGUAAAAGGUAUGUUUCAUUAGUGCAUUUGUUACUGCUGAUCACUAUAAAAAUGUGAAUCAGCUUUCCAUUUCUUAUGCAGGUCAUGAUACCUUGUAGAAUAGAGUACAAUCAUUUGUGCUAUGUUUUUAAUUUUCUAAAGCACCUUGAUGACAGUGAGUGUUCAGUGGUGAAGCAUCCUCUAUUGAAUCACCCUCAAAUUUUUUUGCCAAGUCCUAAGUUGAUAGCUUAAAGUCAAAAGUAAAAUUAUAGUUUUAAGUAGGACUUGGUGUAAAGAAAUACCUUUUCCCCUUCCCCAAAGGGAUACUGCAGUUAUAUCACAUACCCAAUAGGCACCACGAUGAAGAUCAGAGCUUAUACCUAAUUAAGGUUUUAUACACACCAGUUCCCCAGUAAAUGCAAAUUUAACAAGAAAAUUAGACAUGUCAUAUGUUCAAAAUGCUCAUGGCAAACAAUCAUUUUGCAUUCCUGCAAAUAAAAUUGUUUUAUACUGUAAGCUGGAGGCGAGUGUAACUUAUUUUUGUAAUAAAGUUUUUAUUUUUUUUAUGUGUCAUUAAUAUAAAUGUGUGUUAGUAUAGAAAAUCUUCUGGUUUAAAAACUUAGAAUUGCACACAUUUCAGUAUGUUUCAUUUGUACUUACAUAAUUUUAGAAUAGUGGUUGCCAAUAGCCUGUAUGUUUCCCAUUAAUUGGUUUUUUUCCUUUUUUUUUUGUUACCUUAAUAAACCAUUUUAGUAUGUUGUAUGUCAGUUACUGGGAUAGCUGGGGCAUAGAGUGUAAUUUAAAAUUUGUCAAUAAGUAUUCAUUGGAAUAUAUGUAAAUGUGCCUUGCCGGUUACUGAAACUUACCUACAAAAUGAGUAUGGGGUGACAAAUUUGUUCCUGGUGCUUAAUGAAACUUUCUUCCACUGAUUUUAUAUAUUACCCUGUGCUUUUUAAAAGUACAUCUCUCAAAUAUUAGUGUAAGUUUGAGGGCUACACAAAACAUGUACAUUUCAUUCUAACAUACUGAGUAUACUAGGUCGUGGAAAGUGGGUCACUUAAUUGUAGCCUUCAGCAAAAUCAAAUCUCAGUGUAAUCCUUGGUGCUGGCACUUCCCAUGUCCAAGGAGUAAAAUGAUCCUAUCUAAGAGGUCAUUGCCAUGCCUAUUGGCACUUAACUGUCAUACCAUUUUUAACGGACACUGUCAAGGUCUUUUAAUUAAUUCCUGGUUUUAUUUGUUGGGAUAUUAGAACAGGUUUCUUAAACCUAACUGCAUUGUCAAAGUUGAAAAACGAACACUUUUGUGAGUUCACAAAUGUGUUCUUUAAGAAAACAUUAAAGUUUGGAGCUCUUUGGGUUUCAAAGACUUGGCUUUUUUAGUUUGGGGACGUGGGAUGAAACUAUGAUUCAAAGGAAAUUGUGAAGAAUUGAUGGUUAUAUUUAAGGGUAAUGUAAACAGUGGUGAUGAAAUGUAGACUCAAGUGAAAAUACUUGACAGUGUUCAUUUUAAUGACUUUGAAUUUAAGCCAUUAUGAUUACUUUUAAAAUUAAAUAUAAUUUGCACUGUUCUGAUAAUGGGUGCAGUUUUUGAGCAAUAUAAUCAGAGCUAAAUAUGCAUGUAGUGAUUAGUGAUGUGAACAAUUAAGUUCUGAGAAGAAAUACUAACCGUGGUAUUUUCAAACUUAAAUUUCUGUAGAAAAAUCAGUUAUCAAACACUUAUCAGAAGUCAAGAAAAACAGGCAAUGCAUAUAAACAUAAUUUUGAAUGUUGUGUGGCCUAUAAAGCAAUAAUGCAAUUUAUAUGGAAUGUCAUGGAUAUGAGAAAUGGAAAUGCGAAAAUAACUAAUCCUUUAGUAAAAAUGUCAACAUGUUAAAAGGGGGAAUGUUAACUAAUGUAGGUUAUUGCGUUUGUGAUUUGUUUAUGGGUUCUUGGCUUUGACAGCUUCAAAGAAUGGACAGAUGAGAAGUUAAAUUUUGUAUAUAUUGUCAAGGAAAGGAUCUUUAAUAGUCAAGUCUCUUCCUUGUGGUUAAAAAAAAUAUAUCAUUAAUGAAUUCUGAUUGUUAAAAAAAGUUACCUAACCAAAACAGACACAAGGUUUUGUUUCUGCAGACUACUUGGCAAUCAAAAGUGUUCAUAAAUUUAGUUUAUCAGUUCUCAGAAAAAUUAUUAUGAGAAAAUUGUGUUAAUUAUAUUCUUCCCAAGCAUGUUUUUUUUGAAACAUUUAGUCACUGCAAUUGAAUCACAUGUUAAAAAUGGAGAACUGAAUUGCACAAAAAGGAAUCACAUACUCACAAUGGCAUUUAACACCAUGAGAAACUUUUUACUGAUUAUUGUUAAACUUUUACUGAUUGAUGCAUACCUGACUAAAGUAUAUACAUUUUCUCAUGAUAGGUUAGGAAUAUCACAAAUGGAUUGAUGGGGCAAUAUGUGCUAUAUAAUUGUAUAUAAGAUAUUUGAAAAGAUGUAUUUAGUAUUAGAAUGAACAACAAACUACAUGGGAAAAUUUAGUACACUUUUUUGAAAUUUUUGGUCAGAAACAGCAAAAACAUACUGUUUAGAUGUCAUUAUUUGAUGGGGAGAAAUUAAAACAUAGAAGGGCUUCAUGCAUUAGGAAAAGGUAGUCCUAGAGUAAAUGGUUGCUCAGGUUCCUAAAAAUUCCAACAAUACCCUCCAUGACUGUUUUCUCCCCACAUAUAAAUACAAUAAACAGGAAUUCAGUGGUGGGUAUGAAGUUAAUGAAUAAACAACUUACUUUAAGAAUACACAAACAGACUUCUUGGGAUGUUUUUAUGGUGUAAUAUUUACUAGUAAUCUUACCACUCAGUAGGGCAUGCCACUAAAGAUGCCACUUAUGAACCAAGGCUCACACAGGCAUUUUUAAAAAACUGAGCCAAUAUAUAGAUGGACUUUUGGGGUCUGUCACUUUUUAAAAGUUCUUAAGACAUAAACCAUAUUAGCACCACAGUCUGCCUUCAAUAAUGUACCUGGAAUGUUUUUCAGGACCAGAAGCAUUCAGUUGGACAAACUUUUUAAAAUGCAAAUCAGUAUUACUUUGGGUCAAAGAUUUAAGUUUUUAACAUUAACAGUAGUCUGGUAAACAUUUAGAAGUCUGACAAUGAGAAACAAAAGCUUGUACCCAAGUAGAAUUUAAUUAAAUUAGUUUUUAGCUUAUGUAAAUUCUUUUACAUUUAUUUAUCCAUAGAAUUUAUAUUUAUUCCAUUCCUUUUGUCUCACUGAAAGCUGUCUGCAGGCUCUUUGAUUUGGAUUAGAUGUGUGAAGUACUGUCUUUCGCCAAAAACCUCAAAUUUCCUGUUUUUUCCCAACAUAGUGGGUUUGUGCUUGUUUGGAGAUCAGUUCAAAAACUAUCUGUACUAUCUGUACUGCCUCUGAUGUUAAGAUUUUAUGUAUAGCAUAAGGAAGCUAGCUCUGACUAUAUUUUCCUAAGAAUAAAGACCUAUUUUUGUAGCAUG